AUGAAAGGACAAGUAAAAUCUAAUUAUCAAUCGCAUGUAAGAUCAAUUUUCAAAGUAAUUGCUUAUGUAUUAGCUCCUGACGAGUUUGGUGGUGUAUUUCAAGAUAUAGUGGAUAUAUCACGUAGUAAAGAAAAGGUUAUCAUCGAUGAUCGCUUUGUUAAAGUCAUGUCUGGAAUAAAAGAGGCUUAUGAAAAUGCUGAUGAUGCAAUAACCAGAAAAGAAAUUUUAUCUAUAGUAUCUCCCAAGAUAACUUUUAAAAUGAUUCAAGGUUUUUUAACAGGAAUAACAUCGUAUAGAUUUACCGAAGCUCGUUUUCAUGUUGCCAAUACAGGAGUAGCGGUAUUUACCGAUCCACCUUCUCGAAUAUCUCAACGCUUCUCUUUUGAUCAGAUUGAACACUUCAUAGACAUUAUUGUGAGUCCUCAUGUCUGUACCGAUAUGCCAUUCGGUGAAAAUCGUCUAAAGUUAUCUGAUGGAACUAUUUUAUUUGUGCCUAAUACUAUUCGUAAUAUGGCUCCUUCGAGAAUAAUAAAUCAAUGUCAUACCUUUUGUGAAGAAAAUGUGCCUGGAUUUUCGCCAUUUAAAUCCAGUUCUUUGUCUAAAAUAUUAGAAAUUUGUAAAGCUUCAUCCCGAAAGUCUUUACAAUGGUUGAAUUACUUUGCUGCCGAUGGUGGCGAAGCUUUUGAUUCGUUGACUACAAUGGUUGAGAAUUUGAAUUUAAGCAGCGAUCUAACAAAACGUUUGUGUGAUAACUUAAAGAGAAGUCGCCAAUAUUUGAAAUCCGAUUUCAAAACUCAUAUAUCGAAAUGUAGUUCUAUUGCUGAUCAUUGUGCGACAUGUGAAUUAAGUGAUAUAAAAAACAGUGACGGUAGAGAAGUUUGUGACUAUUUACAUGAUGCUUAUUGUGUCGAUUGUGAAAUGUUGGCUAGUACUUUAAGUGAUAUCGAAAGUCUCAUAAAAGAGCAAUCAGAUAAUAAGGAAGUCACUGAACGUUUUUUAACUGUAUUUCAUAACUAUACAGAUUCAAUUCAUAACUGGAACUGUCAUCUACUUCGUUCAGUUAAUCAAGAUAUGGCUCGAGAGUAUCUUUUAAAUUCAUUACCAGAUGACGGAGUGUUUAUCUACCUUGACUGA